AUGAAAUGCAAAGUUCUAAACCGGACCAGAAUUGACAUUAAAGAGUGCUCCCUAAAGGACAUGUCCGGUGGAAUCUUAAGUGCCAAUAUCCAGUUGAAGGUGCACCAGCCACCAGACCCAAACUGGAUGGUCACCUUUGGUGUGUGGAAAGACAUGGGCGGCUAUAAACCGUUUUUCUAUAACGUGUCUUUCGACUUUUGCGGCUUCUUAAAGAACCCGAAUCGGCUUCAGAUUUACUAUUUAUUUCAUAAGGCUAUUCUUCCCUUUUCCAACUUGAAUCAGAGCUGUCCCUUCCUCCACGAUAUUGUUGUAAAGGACUUUGUACUGGCGGACAAGAUGUUUACGACUAUUCCCAUACCGAAAGGGCGUUACAUGUAUAACCUUCUGCUAGCCAGCAACUCCUUUAAGGCGAUUGAUCUACGAUUUUACAUAUAUGUGGAUGUCAGGGAAACACUUCGGAGGAAGCCGUCGGGCUAG